GCAGGUUUUUCUGUGUAGAAGAAGAGAAACUGCCACAACAUGCGAGAACAUGAGAGAAACCUCUUCUAUAGGUGUGUUUCUAAAGAGCACCAAUGAGACUUAUUUUCCUCUGGGAUCGCAUGUUUCUGUAAACAUUGCCGGGAGAACAGGACACUGACUGGGUCAGUCUUUCAUUGUGCUGUCAGCUAAUGAGGUCAAACAGAAACUAGCAGCAGUAAGAGUUGAUAUUGAUAUAUAUAUAUACUGAGUGGUAGAAAAUGUCGGUGCACUUUGAGGAGAGGAGCGGGGUGGUUCCGUGUAAAACUCCCUGGGGUUCGUGGUACCAGACCAUGGAGGAGGUGUUUAUAGAGGUCAAUGUUCCUCCUGGAACAUCCAGUAAAGAGAUCAAGUGCAGCCUGGGCAGCAAACACGUAGAGCUCACAGUGAAAGGAAAGGAGAUCUUCAAGGGGAAGUUGUUCGGCUCGACGGUGGGCGAUGAAGCAACAUGGACACUAGAGGACAAAAAGCUGAUCAGGAUCAUUCUGAUGAAGACAAACCGAGAGGCAGGAAACUGCUGGACGUCGCUGUUAGAGGAGCAGUACGCCGCUGACCCAUGGGUACAGGACCAGAUGCAGAGGAAACUCACCCUGGAGAGGUUUCAGAGAGAGAAUCCAGGGUUUGACUUCAGUGGAGCAGAAAUCUCUGGAAACUUUCAUGGAGGUGGACCGGAUUUCAGCGGUUUACUGAAGUAACUCAUUCAGGAAAGAAUAAGGACUUUCUAGAGACUGCAGGAGGAUUUUUUUUUUUUUGGGCUCAAUGGGAUAUUAACAGAGAUGGGUACGGAGUUGCAUAUCUACAAGUUUAUAGUAAAUGAAUAAAGGCCAUAAAGUCUCAACACCUUUGUGCCUGAUUUACAGAUGUGAGUACAACAAGUUGCCAGUCCCCCCCUUCUCAAUCCUUUCAGGAACUUGUGUUAUAGUGAAGAAUCUGGCAACAUGGUGUAUUUAUCAUCUCUGUACACUGGUUAUAAUAAAAUGAUCCAAUCAGAAGCAAAAACCUUGUGAUAAAAAUAAAUGGAGACAUGAACAAGA